GACCUGGGCCAAGCCCUGCGGGAGGCUGAGGCCGACGGCGCAGCCUGGGCACUGCUGCAUGCUCAGGCCGCGCCGCUGCGCGCGGAACUAGCGGAGCGACUCCAGCUGCUGACGCAGGCCGCCUAUGUGGGCGAGGCGCGGCGGAGGCUGGAAAGGGUCCGGCGCCGCCGGCUGCGGCUUCGCGAGAGGGCCCGGGAACGCGAGGCCGAGCGGGAGGCGGAGGCCACGCGAGCAGCGGAGCGCGAGCAGGAGAUUGAUCGCUGGAGAGUCAAGUGCGUGCAGGAGGUGGAGGAGAAGAAGCGGGAACAGGAACUUAAAGCUGCUGCUGAUGGUGUCUUAUCUGAAGUGAGGAAGAAACAAGCAGACACCAAAAGAAUGGUGGACAUUCUUCGGGCCUUGGAGAAAUUGAGGAAACUCAGGAAAGAGGCUGCAGCAAGGAAAGGGGUCUGUCCUCCAGCCUCAGCAGAUGAGACUUUUGAGCAUCAUCUUCAGCGACUGAGAAAACUCAUUAAAAAACGCUCUGAACUAUAUGAAGCCGAAGAGAGAGCCCUCAGAGUAAUGUUGGAAGGAGAACAAGAGGAAGAGAGGAAAAGAGAACUAGAAAAGAAACAGAGGAAAGAAAAAGAGAAAAUUUUACUUCAGAAGCGUGAAAUUGAGUCCAAGUUAUUUGGAGAUCCAGAUGAGUUCCCACUUGCUCACCUCUUACAGCCUUUCCGACAGUAUUACCUCCAAGCUGAGCACUCCCUACCAGCGCUCAUCCAGAUAAGGCAUGAUUGGGAUCAGUACCUGGUGCCAUCUGAUCAUCCUAAAGGCAACUCCGUUCCCCAAGGAUGGGUCCUUCCCCCGCUCCCCAGCAACGAUAUCUGGGCUACCGCCAUUAAGCUGCAUUAGUGAAGAUGCUCCAGGAGUGCAGUCCAGCCAACGCUCUUUCCAGCUCUGAAUAUUAGUGAUACUGCCAUCUUCUUGUGCUGUAGACUAAACCACAACCUCUAACUCUGCAUGGCAUGGCUUUACCCAGAAGUUACAUCUUCCUUCUGUGCUCUGUCCUGGCCAGAGGUGCCUCUUGAAUCAGGAAAUUAAUAUGGUUCUUCAAAAAAGGACCUAGGUGAACUAGGGUUAUUACCACAAGCAAUGGCCUUGGUUCACGGAAUUUGCCUCUAUUUUGAGGGGCUUGGUUCAGAGUGACUUGUUUAUUUACUCAGCUUCCUUGUGUGGUGAUGGGUAAGUACACUCUAUACACUCAAGGUAUGCACUGGAUAGAUUUAACGGUCCUUCCCCCACUACUGAGUGUGAAAGCAAGCUUGAUACAAAAACUCCUUACCCUUCUUACCCAAAGAGCCCUCUAACUUCCAGGAACAAGGGUCAAAAAUGCUUUAUCUGGUUUUGUGAAUCCUACUUUUGGUGCAGCUUGAGAGACUAUAGGCUACUGGCUGGGCUGCCAGAAAAGCUGGUGCCUAGUCGGUUAGAGAACUUGGAAUACCUGAACUUGGAAAACUAAAUUGGAUCGUGUUUUAAUGGAUAAUGGCUACAUAUUCCCCAUGUUAGAAGGAUACUAAUGAGUGCAUCUGCUUUUUAAGUUCCUAGAGGUCUAAUUUAGAUCUCCAAGGAUAGAAAUUUAUUUCCCUAUGGAAGUGGGACCUUAACCUUUCUCAGUCACAUUGUAGGGGCUGGUCUAGAUAUAGGAUAUACUUCAGAAUACAAGCUCCAAAAACAUCCAUGUAGUUGAAGCUAGGGAAAAAGCAGAUACAAAAUUAAUAAAAUUUAUUUUUUAUAUUCAUUAAUAAA